AUGGCGAUUACUUCCGUGAAUAUUGCCAAGAGAGAAGAUUGUAUUGACAUGAAGGAAGUCAAUACGACGACAUAUGGUAGCACUAGUACAGGCAGUCGUCUUGAAGUGCGCUCCUGGGAGAAGCUUUACCCGCAUGGAGACGUCUAUAGUCCGCGCACAGGUCACACAGUCACCAGCCAAGAUAAUAAAGUGUAUGUCUUUGGUGGUACAGAUCGCAGACGUCGACAACAUGAUCUGUACCAGUUGGAUGUCGGAUCGGGCAUGUGGUCACAAGUGCAGACGCAUGGGGUGCUCCCACCGAGACGUUCUGGUGCACUUGGUGUUGUCCAUGCGAGUGACAUGUUUAUCUUUGGCGGAUAUGACGGCCGCGACGGCAAUUACUUUAACGAUCUGUAUUACUUCAGCUUUGAUGAUCAGCGAUGGAGUCAGAUGCCCAGUGUAGCGGAGAACCGGCCUGAAGCCCGCACCGACCACAUUAUGGUGCUGCACUCGUCCAGUAUCUAUAUCUUUGGUGGUUAUAAUGGCUCAAGUCGGUUUAAUGACCUUUGUGGGUAUGACAUUCAAGCCCAGCGCUGGAUGCAAUUAGAGACUUCUGGUGCUAUCCCAUCCAGGCGAUUCGGACACAGCGGCGUCGUACAUACUGAGACCAACCGACUGAUUAUUUUUGGAGGAUGGGAUGGGCGUGAGACCCUCAAUGAUCUGUACGAGUACAGCUUCGUUACGAACAAGUGGAGAAAGAUGGAGUCGUCCGGCAUCAGCCCACCACACCGAUACCGCCACACGGCUGUGAUUUUUGGAGACAAUAUGUUUGUCUUUGGAGGAGUAGACAAGACCCACAGUCGUUUUAAUGACCUGCAACGUCUCGAUUUGGUGACCAACACGUGGAGCGAGGUUUGUACUACUGGAAGCGUCCCGAGCAGCCGAACCUUCCACCGAGCUGUGGUCGUGGGUAGCAAAAUGUACUUGCUAGGAGGAUACGAUGGCACGGAUAGACUGCAGGAUUUGUACUCGAUCGACAUUGGAGCGCUUACACCGCCGUCGCUGCUGGAAAUCUGUGCUGACUACGUUCGAGCGAAUUUGAACACGGUGAUGGCGACAACAACAUUUAAGGGUGUUCCACAGGAUAUCAUUGAUCAUGUAAUUUUCAAACGCGAUCUGGAGGGAGGACUUCGGGGAAAGUGCAAGCUUUGCCGACCAGGCAGAUGCUGUGUUUACCGAAUGCAGAAGAUGGAACCGUGCCCGCAGGAUGACGACGAGCUGACUCGAGCAGACCUUUGCGGCUGCGUGUGUGGUCACUCUGCACUUCACCAUGAGGUGGUAGAGGAAUCAACACUCUAUGGAAAAAAGCCGAUCGGACUAACAUCAACAAAAGUGCUGGUGCUUUGUGGAUCCAUUUACAAGCGUCUUUUCGAUUCAACGGCAUCCCCAUCGUCCACUUUGUCACUUCUUUCAUCUCCGCGCAGUCAUUACUCCGAUGAUAGUUCAAAUAAUGAGAAAGAAUGCUUAGCAUAG